GGUAUCCGAUAUCAAGAAUCCAAGAUGGAGCCCUAUAAGUUGAUAACCAAAGAGGAAAUAGCCGCCCUACCAAAGGACCUCAAGCAAUGCAGACACUGUGCACACGCCAUGAUAUACGCAAAAUUACCAGAGAAACUCUUUGGCAGGUAUGACAAGAGAUAUGCAAUACUGAUGCAGAUGAGGUUUGAUGGUACAUUGGGUUUCUCGGGUGGUAUGGUAGAUGAGGGAGAGACGGUUGAAGAGGCAUGCACACGCGAGUGUUCGGAAGAGCUAGGGGUGUCACCAGCAGACCUGACCAUCACACAGGACGACCAUGUCACCACUCAUUAUUCCGAUAAAACUCACUUUUGUCUUCAUUUCUUUGCGAAAGAAGUCUCGCUGGAGCUCUUCCACGAGAUAGAAAAGAAAGCAACUUCUUCAAAAGACUGGGGAGAUGAAGUUCUUGGUAUAGUAAGAUGUCCGCUUCAUACACUACCGAAUGGUUUAGGUUUUCCUGCUUUUCUACGUCACAGCUUCAUAGGUAAUUCAAAGGUGCAGCUAUUGACUAGUAUCAGAGAGAGAGGGCUACUCACUGAAGAAGAGGUUCAAACUGCUUUAAAAACAGCUGGACUUGUCGACUGUGUAGUCACCAAUGACAACACUGAUUAUUAAUGCUCUGAUAAUUAUAAUUGUCAUUUUAUAAUACAUGAACUUUAUUUAUUAAUAUUUAAUUAAUGGCUAUUAAAUUAAUUCAUAAAAUAAAUUUUAUCGACACAAUGAUAGGAAAAUAA